CCGAGGCUGCCCACUACGGCUCCGAGGAAUGUUUGAGAGUGCUAAUAAGAGCCUCUCCUCAACUUAUCAACAAACGUGCCAACAUGACCUGCACCCCUCUGAUAGUGGCUGUGGACUAUAAACACCAGUCAUGUGUCCAGUGUCUCCUUGCGGCAGGAGCAGAUCCCAACAUACCCAACGAAUUAGGAGAAACACCUCUCUACAGAGCUUGUGAAAAGGCAACUGAGGAACUGGUGGAGCUUCUACUGAAGUCAGGAGCCAAGGCCUCCCAGGCCAGCCUCGAGGGAGUGACACCAUUACAUGAAGCAGUGAAUAACAAACAUCUGGGCAUGUGCAAGCUACUGUUGGAAGCUGGAGCAAACAUAAGUGCCAAAAAUGUUUACAGCAUUGAGCCACUAUUUGUAGCUGCCCAGGGAGGAGCCACGGAAGUAUUGAACCUCCUCAUUGAACAUGGGGCAAAUAUUAACUCUCGUGCUAGCGAUGGAGCAACAGCUCUGUAUGAAGCAUCCAAGAAUGGUCAUGAAGAGGUGGUGAAGCUGCUUCUGUCUCAGGGAGCAGAUGUGAACAAAACAACUAAAGCAGGACUAACCCCUCUCCACAUUGCUUCAAAGAAUGGGCAUGCUAGACUUGUGUCCUUACUGAUUCCACUCACAGACAGAGAAGUUGUGCAGCGGAGCUACAUCAGUCCGCUCCACCUGGCAGCAGAGCAUGAUAGAGAUGAGACCUUGGAGAUUCUCAUUCAGGCCGGCUUUGACGUCAACACCCUGCUGUUGCCCGACCACUCCCAGAAGUAUGACGACCGGUGCUGCACGGCCCUCCACUUCACUGUCCGCAGCAGCAACAUAGAUGCAGCCUCCAUGCUGCUGGAGGCUGGUGCUGACCCUAAUGUGGACGCUUUCAACCCCCUUCUGGUAGCCGUGAGACACGGAAAUGCACCGAUGGUUGCUUUGCUGUUGGAGUAUGGUGCCGAUGUGAAUGCCUGCAUGCCAACACACCCCACCACCUUCCCAGGGGCUUUCCUCUUCUGUUUGAAGCAAACGGCCAUGUUCAAGCUCCUGCUGGACAAUGGAUGUGAUGCCAAAGCCUGUUUUUCUUGUGUUCAUGGAAACAACCCACAUCCUCCAAUCAAGAGAAGGAAUCCUACCAGGGAUGGCCUGCUGGAGCUGGAUGAUUGGUUUGAUGAGGCUCGUCAGAGCACAGCUGCACAGUUCUGUGACAUAAUGGCCGAUCCCCUUCACUCCUAUUGGACUGGACCUAUAAUUGACCGUCUCCUAGAUUACACUGGUCCUGUAAAACUGUGUUCCAGAAUCACAGAACUUCUUGAGAGCAACCAGGACUGGGUGCACAUCAAAGAAAAGUCAAAGCCAUCCCUCUGUUUGAUGCAUCUGUGCCGACUGAGGAUCCGCCAGCAGGUGCACCACCAGAGACUGAAGAGGAUGACCACUCUGCCUCUGCCGCGCCCCCUCAUCAAGUACCUGUUCUACGACAGGGGAGAGUCUUGGGAGGUUUCUUCUUGCCAUUUGGACUGAGGGUGCCUCUGUUUCUAAACAGACUUGGUUUUUUAAGCACUGACACUGUCAGUCAAUGAUCUAACCAACAAAAGCUUGAUUAUACAAAGCUAAAAAUGAUUUGAUGUAUGUUUUAGGUAGGGUGAGGAUCAUGAGCUGCACUUUUAUAUUGAAGUUACUAUUUUUUAUUUUGUACUCUUUGUCCUUUGUUACACUGUACUAUUAUGUUGGGCACUAGCUUAUCCUUUCAAAAAGAUUAAACAACUAUAAUAGAAAGGAAGAUUGGGUAAUGUAGGAUACAUAUUAGUGAUUGUAUUAGUAGAUAAAAGGGAUUCUUGACUUUUAUGAUGGUUGUCAUAGUGUUGUUUUUUUCCUAAAGCUUCACUCUUAAAACCAAAGUGCUAACAGCACCUAUAUCAUGCAUUUGAUUGAGUCAUAUAAAGAAACUGUACACUCGCUGUGUUCUGCACGCAAUGCAAGAGAUGGAAGGUAGAUGCUGCAUGACGAGCAACAUUAAAUCAGUUCCUAUUUUAAAAAUGUACACUUGUUUUAUCAUUCAAAUCCAAGAAUCUCAAUUCAUAAUCUUAUAGUAUCAUCACAGCUACGUGUCAGGUAAACUGGGCUGUUGAAGAGCAUCAAUAUGGUCUUUUCACUCCCCCUUGCCAGCAUACAUGGAGGAACUGUUGGGCUAACUACAUUUUGAAAUCAAUGCUGUUUAGCUUUCACCUCCA